AUGGACGAGCUGCACCACAGUCCCUCGAAUCGGCGCCAGUCGAUCUUCUCCGUCACCCAGCGGCGUGGGAUCAUCAGAUCUGCGACCAUCACGCAACUCCUGGAUGCCAAAAACAUCGGCAUGUUUGCUGGUCUCGUGUUCUUAUUCAACAACACCACAGGUCCGGCCAUCCCCUUGAUGCAGGCAUACUUUCAGCAGAACGGAUGGGUCCCACUGGUCGUCGUGAUUUCCCUCUAUGCUAUUGUAUCGACGCUGUGCUCGCUGUUCAUCGUCGAGGCCAUGCAGUGUAUUCCUGGAAACAAGCAUUUCCAGGGAACGGUCGAGUUUUCCACUCUGAUCAACUUUUAUCUCGGAGGAUGGGCCCAUUUGAUCGGAGAGCUAUUUCUGUUCCUGUCGCUCCAGGCAACCGCGAUCUGUUCAAUCAUCCAGUCCGCGCAAACAUUCGAUUACCUCGUCCUGGGAUUCCACAACAUCACCUGCGGAGUAUCGUUCUCCAGCCCGUACUGGCUCUGUGUCGGCCAACCUCCCAACGGCUCGUCUCCGCCUUCGUCGCCCUUUGGGGAUGCGUACAUGCUCAUGACUCCUGGAUAUCUGAUCAUGUUGAUAUUUGUCGCUCCUCUGGGAAUGCUCAAGUUCGCGGAUAGCGUGACAUUGCAGAUCGUUGCAUUUGUCCUCACGAUGGCCGUAAUGGUAUCGUGGAUCGGCAUAUCCGUCUACCAAAUCGUUACAACGCCAGGCGCCAAUCUUCCUAUCGUUCAGGCUACCAGCCCCGAGAGCUCCAUCACCCUGAGCACUAUGAUGGGUGGAGUCAUGAUGAACUUUGCAUUCAUCAUUACGGUUCCGUCGUGGGUGAAUGCCAAGAAAAUGACGGUCAAUAUCCAGACAACGCUCUGGAGCUCCACGAUUCUCUCUGCUACGGUGUACAUUCUUGUCGGAUGGAUUCCGGCUCUGGCCUUCGCAAUCCCAGCCAACGGAGCCAGUUUUCUCUCCGUUCUCGAAAAUUCGGGCUCGAUCCUGAACAGCAUCGUGGCAUACGCUUUCAUCAUCAUGGUGCUGGUGUCCUCGAUCCCGAUCUUCUUCUACAUAUCGCGCGAGAACUUGGUUCAGAACGGCAUUUGCAGCCCGAAAAGGGCCAGCUACUUUACCCACGUCGCCCCAUGGAUCGUGGCGAUUCCGAUGCUGACGGGCUCGUGGAUGCUGAAUCUGACGACAUGGUCGUCGCUGCUCUUCGUUUCGGUCGCCAACUUCAUCAUCCCGCUUGUGAUCUACAUGAAGGCUGUGUCGUUUCGGAGAUUAUACAACGAGACGAGAGAGCUGACGCGAGAUCAAAAGGAGCUCCUCAAGAAGAUCCACUCGUGCUCCAGCACGAUCCGCAACUUUAUCGACGACAGCAACGACUCGACGUAUGCGCGGGAUCAUGUCCUCGGCAGCGACGCCGACCGAGGCUCUAAAAUCGACCUUCCGAUGCGCCUCCAGGAUCGUCGGGCCUCGCUCGACCCUGCGCUGGCCCAAUACGGCAAGCAGUAUCAGCCCGAAGGCGACGGCGCAUCCAAGAUCCUCAAGAUAUAUCGCCCGGGGUCGAUAGGGAGCCAGUCGUCGAAACGGAUCGGCGGCUAUCCGAUACGCCAGCCCUCUCCGUUCCAACCACCCUUGCCUCUGCCACAGCCGUCCCCGUCGUUCCAGCAGCUGCCGUCGUCUGCAGUCGCAACACAGUCGCAGCCGCAACUUCAGUUGGCACCGCAUCUGCAGUCAAGGGCAGCCAGCCGAUCUCGAUCAAAGCUGGGGAGGGAAGUCUCGGCAUCGGAGCUCACACGGGGCACACCGCGGAGUGACGAAUCGACCAAGGACCAGAGCUUCUCCACCUCGCCAAGGUCGCGCAACGAGACCAAGCUGGACUCGAACGGACUACUCUCGGUCAACAGCGGACUGAUGGCCUGGAAUCCAGAGCAGUCGUCGAUAGACGGGAGCCAGCGACGCCCGUCCAUCAGCUGGCAAUCACCCGAUACGCUCGAUCGGCCAAGUGAUCGCGAACCCGGCGACGAUGUAGCGACGACAGCCAUAUGCCGACCCAACAGCCCAGCACCCCUUCCGUCGGACUCACAGAAGAGCCCCGACGGUGCCACCGACCAAACAUCAAGCGUGCUUGAGGAGUCGAGCAUCCGGCCCGAAGUCUUUUUGGAAGUGCCCGAGACCAUCGACGAGCGCCCGGCAGCCCUUGAGAUCAACCCUGUGCCAACGUCGAUCCCGAAAUUGUUCAUCGACGGAGUGCACAAGAAUUUGGACACGUCCAAGGACAACUCCAUCAUGGGCGAGCCCAACCCGGCGCGGCCGGCCAGCUUUACGAGCGAGCUCGCAUCGGCCUUGAGGCGGAUCCCGUAUUCGCGAUCGUGCUCGGCGCUGGGUGGAUCGUCCGAUAACAUCAUCAAGCCCUCGUGGUCAACGCCAUUCCAGCUCCUUUCUCGCGACGGAUACCAACCACUGCAGAACAGCGACUCGCUGCCGAAUGAAGGGGGAAUACUCGCCGAAGCCAGCCACACCUCUCUCGAUAUCCGCGAGAGCUCGCUGACGGGGCUGGAGGGCGUGCGAACCUCGUUUCAGGAAGGGCUCCAGCGCGAUCAGCUUGCAGCCCAAAACACCACCUCGCAAGUCUUUAUCAUUCCGAACAGCGUCGACGCGGGCACGGCAGCGGCAGCGAACGCCUACGAGGUCGACCCGAUCCACGAAUACUAUCUUCUGGAGGAUGUGCCCGAUCCCGAGGAGCCGCUCUUCAACGUGCGCCGCCGAUUCAGCAUCAUGGCACACUCAUCGGUGAUCGACGACGUCGACAUGCGCUCGAUGGCGGGCCGUGGGAACAUGGGCAUCUCGCGCCGCACGACACACCAGCAGGAGUAUCCGCUGGCAGAGAACACGCCCGAGCACCCAGACACAAGCCUGCUUGCACCGAUGAUGGAGGCCCGCGCCUUGGAACGAUACCGCACCGGCGGGCCCUCGCCGCCGCAGAUGGUGCCGGUGACGGAUCUGGUCAUCAACAGCCUCGGCGGGGGCACUGCCGGCAUGAAUCGCAAGGGCUCCAAGUACUUUGAUGCCCGUCGGCCAAGCCUGCCAAUCAACCCAAACUUUAUCUCGCCCGUGUUUCGGUCCUUGCCGACCUGGUUUCCGAUCAAGCCAAAAACGGUGGCGAUUGUGUGCAUUGUGUUUCUGUCGGUGUCGGUGGUGGGCAGCAUCGUUCUCCAGAUAAUGCAACUCUCGUUGCCAUCGUCGUGAGCGAGCAUGGACGGGUGUUGGAAUGAUGCACCGGCAAUAGAAUCCCUGGACAGCA